AUGCCCAAGACCACGCACGAGGAACACUCUCAUCACGACAUGCCUCACCCUCCCAGCAGACGAACGUCCGUCAUGGGCGUGCCGGCUUUCGCUGAGCACGGCCCACUGGUCGACCACAAAAUCCCGCAGGCCGACGCGGUUCAACAAGAGCCAGAUCUCGCCUGGAGUCGUAUCCGACACUUUAUGCGAGAACCCUUUUCCGAGUUCUUUGGCACCUUCAUCAUCCUCAUGUUUGGAGAUGGUGUCGUCGCUCAAGUGGUGCUCAGUAAGAACACCAAGGGUGACUAUCAGUCCAUCUCCUGGGGCUGGGGUCUCGGGGUCAUGCUGGGUGUCUACUGCAGCGGCAUAUCUGGGGCACACCUCAACCCUGCCGUGACUUUUGCGAACUGCGUUUUCCGGAAAUUCCCUUGGAGAAAAUUCCCCAUCUACAUGCUUGCUCAGGUUCUGGGUGCCAUGACGGCCGCUGCGGUGGUGUACGGCAAUUACAAGUCUGCCAUUGACGCUUUCGAGGGCGGCGCGGGGAUUCGCACCGUGACGGGCGAGAAUGCUACCGCUGGCAUCUUCUGCACGUAUCCUGCGGAUUUCAUGACCAGAACCGGCAUGUUCUUCUCCGAGUUCAUCGCCAGCACCCUGCUCAUGUUCCUUAUCUACGCGUUGAAGGACGAUGGAAACAUCGGAGCUGGUCCCUUGACACCGCUGGGUCUCUUCUUCAUCAUCUUCGGCAUUGGCGCUUGUUUCGGGUGGGAGACGGGCUACGCCAUCAACCUGGCCCGUGACUUUGGUCCUCGCUUGGUGUCUUACAUGAUCGGCUACGGCCACGAAGUCUGGUCAUUUGGUGGAUACUACUUCUGGAUCCCUAUGGUCGCUCCUUUCUGCGGCUGCACUUUCGGCGGAUGGCUGUACGACACAUUCCUGUUCACUGGUGAAAGCCCAAUCAACACUCCAUGGAUGGGUUUGAAACGCUUCACUCAGCUCAAGCGCUCCGUCUGGUCAAACACUUAUGAGCCAAAAGAUGAUGAGCACCAGGUAUAG